AUGGCUCAGGCGAAAGCUAAUAGCACAAAAAAGGCAGACCCCAAAGCUCAGGCUGCAAAGGCUGCCAAGGCUCUGAAAUCUGGCUUAACCUUCAAGAAGACGACAAAGAAGAUACGAACAAAAGUCACGUUUCACAGGCCUAGGACAUUGAAGAAGGAUAGAAACCCAAAGUAUCCCCGUAUUAGUACACCUUCAAGGAACAAGUUGGAUCAUUACCAAAUCCUCAACUGUCCUUUAACCACUGAAUCAACAAUGAAGAAGAUUGAGGAUAAUAACACCUUGGUUUUCAUUGUUGGUAUCCAUGCUGACAAGAAGAAGAUUAAGGAUAACGUAAAGAAGAUGUAUGAUAUUCAGACCAAGAAAGUGAACACUUUGAUCAAGCCCGAUGGAACCAAAAAGGAUUACGGUCGACUGACUCCAGACUAUGAUGCAUUGGAUGUGGCUAACAAGAUUGGGAUAAUCUAA